UGGUUUUUUGAAGGCGGUGCUUUUUGUCCGAGGAGUGUUUUUUUGUUGUUGUUGUAGUUUCUCGCCGAAACUCUUGAGCAAAAACAAUGGCAAACAACUUUCAAAACGUGACUCUUUCUCUAACUUUACCCAUAUCAUGCCAGAUCUGCCUUGGAAAGGUCCGCCAGCCCGUCAUCUGUGCCAAUAACCACGUGUUCUGUUCUUGCUGCAUGGACAUUUGGUUGAAGAAGGCGAGUCAAUGUCCUUCAUGCCGAGUUCCCAUCACCUCAGAGAACCCGUGCAGACAAAUUAUAGGAGGGACAAAUGAGAGCGAGUCUAACGAGAGCUAUUCUGUGAAGAAACACCUCCGAAAGACCAGGGGAGAGCUUCUGUUGAGGGAAUAUGAAGAUGAAAUGGAAGGUCUCCUCAAAGAGAAUGAAGAUCUGAGGAACAAGAACCAGAGCUUGGAGUCCCAGCUGAAGACUGUACUAGAUCCCUGUACUGUAACAGCCAGCCGGAGAGAAGACCGGGGUCUAGAGCCCAGUGUUGUGGAAGACUGGAGCAACAAGCUGAGAGCAGCUACAGACGGUUACAGCUGGAUAAAACUGGAUGUGGAGAAACUGAAAGAGGCUAACAAGAUGUUACGGUGUCAGACUAUUGACCUGGUCCAGAAGAACGUGAGGUUGAAAGCGGAAGUUGCCAGUAGAUCUCCUCAGAAGUUUGGCCGGUACACGGUAGCAGCGCUGGAAGCUAAGAUUCAUCAGUACGAAAGAGAUGUGGACCACCUGAAGAAAGCUCUGGAGCGUAGCGACCAGUACAUAGAAGAACUGGAGGCCCGGGGUGGAGGUGGAGCGGAUGGGCUCCGGAGAAACCCGAGAGAGGCACCCCAGGGCCACACCGAUGCCCGUCCAGAGAGCACCUCCUCUGGGGAGGGUGAAGCCGAGAACAGGGUCCACUAUCAGAGGAUCAGUGCCAUGACGAGAAGUCUGAGUGAUAUAGAGAAGGUCUCCAUCUGCACCAGUCUGGAGGGAGAGUCCAAGACGCUGUCCGCUCACCACAGCUACCUCCUGGAAACCUCUAACGCCAUGGAGCUCAACGCCUCCGGCUCUGAGACGUUCCAGGACCACCGGAGAGGUUUCGGCGUGACGCUCGCCGGACACAAAGACUCUAUAGAAACCGAUUGUAUUGAUGCCAUCGUUCCCUCUGACCUCUUCCUGCUCUCCACUCCCUCCUCUGCCUUCCGUUCCCUCAGUCUGAAGAGUCCCAGUGUUGGUGAAGACAAGAAGCUUGGUUAUAAGGCUGUGACCUAUCUAAGGAGACUCAGUUUUGAGGACAGUGUAAUACCCAGCAGUAGCAACAGUGCCUCCACUGUAGCAACUAAACGGUCCAGUCUCACUACUCAGUUGUCCAACGGUGUGUCUUCCAGUAACGUAGCCAAGUCGGGGCUCUCCAUCGCCACCGAGCCGUUGUUCUGGGCUGCAGCCUGGCAGAGCCACGAGGCUUCUGAUAUAAUCUCUGUGACGUCACCCAAUCACAAUGGAGCGGAGGAGGAGCAUCUCAACACGUCUUCAGGGUCGGGACACAGCGAGAGAAACCCAACCGCGGGAGCCACCACGUCCCACAAUCUGACAGAGGACGAGACGGACCCCAUGUCCAGCGACGCCUCCAUGGACGCAGCCUACCUGGAUAAGAUCUCUGAGCUGGACUCUAUGAUGCUGGAGGGACCAGAGAGCUGCAGCUCGGCAGGGUCACACCUGUCCUCGGGAUCACACCUGUCCCUGGCUUCCUCCCUGACUUCUGCCGACACACCGGACUUGACCCUUGACCUCAGACUGGAUGUGACCCUGGUACCUGAGGCGGAGGGCUGCUCUGAACUCUUCCUGGAUCCUGACUCUGAGCAGGACCGAGGUGGAGGUGGACAGACCGAGGCUGAGGGUUUUCACUUGGCGUGCAGGAUAAAGGGAACCUCUUCCACUUCAGUCACUGUGUCAGAGACUCAGGCAGCUUCUCUAGCAGCCACGUCCACGACGACAGGAAGCGGGUCUGGAUCCUCCUCUGGGAGAGCCGCUGGCAGCGGCGACCACAGUCUUCUAGACUCUACAGGGCCUGCUAGAGAACAAGCAGGACAGGGACACCUCUCUGACCCCUCUCAGACUGAUGAACUGUCCUUCGACCUGCUGUUUGACCCCUUAACAGAGACCCGGACAGGACCAGGUGGACCGUCGGCCUGGCAGGCCUCAGCCAACCACCACCAUGAGGACCAUGACAUCUCUUCUGGCUGUUGCUCAGCAGAUAGACCUGGAGGAGACGCUGUGAGAGACAAGAGCACGGUGACUCCUAGUCAGGCGACCAAACGGAAGUCUCGCAGUCCUUUUAACGUCGGCAGUCCCUCCAAACAUUCUAAAUUUAUUUGAUGGGAGUUAACAUGGCCCCCGUCACUGUAGACUAGCCUGGGCGCCAGUCUGUUUCUGAUCUCUAGCCAGCUCUUUAUGGAACUGUGUGAUGCGAUGCCCUGGUAGAAUCUGGGACAAGGCUUCCUUCUUUACUGUGUCUUAGUCCCAAGUGUCAUGUUAUUCCCUAUAUAGUGCACUACUUUAGACCGGAAUCCUUACAGGGGGGGCCCUGGUCAACAGUAGUUCAUUAUGUGAGGAAUAGGGUACCAUUUAGCAUAAUGAUUGCAGUCUUGUGUUGCUAAUGCUAACUGCUUCAUUCAAACUGUUGCUAAUGCUAACUGCUUCAUUCAAACUGUUGCUAAUGCUAACUGCUUCAUUCAAACUGUUGCUAAUGCUAACUGCUUCAUUCAAACUGUUGCUAGUGCUAACUGCUUCAUUCAAACUGUUGCUAAUGCUAACUGCUUCAUUCAAACUGUUGCUAAUGCUAACUGCUUCAUUCAAACUGUUGCUAAUGCUAACUGCUUCAUUCAAACUGUUGCUAGUGCUAACUGCUUCAUUCAAACUGUUGCUAAUGCUAACUGCUUCUUUCAAACUGUUGCUAAUGCUAACUGCUUCUUUCAAACUGUUGCUUAUGUGUGUAUGUGUGUAAUGGCAUCAAUUUAUUCCUGAAAAUAAAACUGUUAUUUUCAGUAAA